AUGGAACUGAAUUCUCACAUUUUGGCGUCGCGAUUGGAACGAUUCAUCAUGCCUGCCGAAAUGGAACCAUUAGAUGCCUCGAACAAAGCCAUCAAACAUGAUCAGUCCACUUUUUCCAUAAAGGAAACUACACACAAGGUUGCUGAAAACUCUUUGACAACCCACGACUUGUUUCGCACUUCUUGGGGCUUAUCGGAUAGGCGCAGUCCCCGAGUUUCCGUCAACCUUACGUUCUAA